UUAUUUUAUUUUUUUGCGUUUUCUCCUCACCACACAGCAGGUAGCAGCUCACAGCUCUCACGCGCCGUCGACGUCUCAACCUCAUCUCUUUGCCAUCCCUCACGGGACGAUCCAUCCUCUAUAAACAAUGGGCCCCCCUCCGCCGACUGGUGAGGCACAGUAUGUGAUCCUUAGGGCGAUCGGGGGUGAGGUAGGAAACACGGCCGCCCUGGCCCCCAAGCUGGGUCCUCUGGGUCUCUCGCCCAAGAAAAUCGGCGAGGACAUCCAGAAGAACACCCAGGAGUGGAAGGGGCUCCCGAUCACGGUCAAGCUCACCAUCAUCAACCGUCAGGCGACCGUGUCGGUGAUCCCCGCCGCUUCGUCGCUGAUCCUCAAGGCUCUCAACGAGCCCGAGCGCGACCGCAAGAAGGUGAAGAACAUCAAGCACGACGGGAACGUCACCCUCGACCAGGUGAUCGAAAUUGCCCGCGUCAUGCGCGAGAGGUCCAUGGCGCGCACGCUCGCCGGAACCGUCAAGGAAAUGCUCGGCACCUGCAACUCCGUCGGCUGCACCGUCAACGGACAGUCUCCCCGCGACAUCCAGAGCGGCAUCAGCGAGGGAGAGAUUGUCAUCCCCGACGAGUAGACCGGGUUUCGCUUCUUGUAUGUUUCGACAUGGUUUGAUUUCGGAGCGAGGAGUGUCUUGUCUCACUUGAAACGUCACCUUUUCGCGUGGGAAUAAAAAGAGUAAAAAAACAUGUUCUGGCUUGUGGGCGGAUGGUUUGCUGCGCUCGGGCUUUUGUGUCGCACGCAUGACGUGACACAUCGGGUGCGGGGGUUGCCAUCUGGACCAUUGUUCGUCCGCCCGUUUGCCAUUACAUCCUUUCGCCCAAACGGUUGGGUUGCUUGACGAUGGGCAACACAUCUUGCGCCGCGUGUGCACUUUGAAUGCACAGCGUUGCGGACGGGUCAAUGUGCAAGUGACCGAUGGCAUGCACCACUGGUUCUUUCAGCCAGGCGGCCGCUUGACCGCACCUACCUCAACAGGUACAGAAGCAACAGCAGCAGCACUACAUUGUUUCCCACUCAAUCAGUAUCCAUGCUGCUGUUGCGGAGUCCCUCUCGCUCCGCUUAGGAAAUGACCGCCUGAAACAUGUCCAACCAUUUCGCAAGACCUGGACGUGUAAGUUAGCCCUCCCUGUGCACUGAGUUUGCGAGGCGUCGAGUUGGCCGAGUGCGGCGAGCCAUCCCCCUUUAGUCUCAUAAGGAAACCCGACCAUCGGGCAUGGGCGUUACUCGCGCCGCCGAGACCAACGGAGCGUCCGUUUGCAGUUUUUGUGGCCUCCAAAGAUGUCCUUGAGAAAAAGUAUCGGGGCCCCUGACUUCUACGAGAAAAGUGCCCGUUCACUUACAU